ACCUCGUGGUCAGUGGACUGUGGGACUGGUAAAUUUAUGGUCAACGGUCACUGGACUGUGGGACUAGUAACCUCGUGGUCAGUGGUCAGUGGACUGUGAGACUGGUAACACCAUGGUCAAUGGUCACUAGACUGUGGGACUAGUAACCUCGUGGUCAGUCGUCAGUGGACUGUGAGACUGGUACCUCCAUGGUCAACGGUCACUGGACUGUGGGACUAGGCACCUCGUGGUCAGUGGACUGUGGGACUGGUAACUCCAUGGGCAACGGUCACUGGACUGUGGGACUAGUAAUCUCGUGGUCAGUGGUCAGUGGACUGUGAGACUGGUAACACCAUGGUCAACGGUCACUGGACUGUGGGACUAUGUCUAGUAUGUGUCAGUAGGACAAUAUUAGCAUGUGUCACGUAAUGUGCUGUAUCGUUGUUGUUGUUGUUGUUGUUUGGGGAAGACAUGGUUUACUACAUGUACUACUGUAUGAAACUCAUGGUGUCGACGUGUCGUUCUGUAUUUGAUUGAGGGCUAUAGUAACCUUGAUGGGUAGCGAUUACCUCAAAUAGCAUAUCCUUUGUCGGACCAUACGCUGUGAUAUAAAAAAGAAACGGAUCAUGGUUGGUAUCCAAAUGACGAUAAAAAUUACAGAACGGAAUGGCCAAGAAAGUGUGUAGUUUACUGAACAGGUGACCCAUAGCAUCAAAAAACCGGUACAUUGUAUAUUGUACUAAACAAUUACAUUGGAUAUGAACUUUUAUCAAACAAUUUACAAAUGAGUGUAUUAUCAUUCAUAAACAAUACAUGUCGACUUCAUAUAAGGCAAUCAAGUGAUGUAGAAUAUCCAUGUAAAAUAGAUGAAUCUGAAGGGUAUACAUAUGUACAGAGAAGGCAAUCAAGUGAUGCAGAAUGUCCAUGUAACAUAGACGUAUCUGCAGGGAAUACAUAUGUACAGAGAAUGCAAUCAAGUGAUGCAGAAUGUCCAUGUAAAAUAGACGUAUCUGAAGGGUAUACAUGUGUACAGAGAGGGCAAUCAAGUGAUGCAGAAUGUCCAUGUAAAAUAGACGUAUCUGAAGGGUAUACAUAUGUACAGAGAAGGCAAUCAAGUGAUGCAGAAUGUCCAUGUAAAAUAGACGUAUCUGAAGGGUAUACAUAUGUACAGAGAAGGCAAUCAAGUGAUGCAGAAUGUCCAUGUAAAAUAGACGUAUCUGAAGGGUAUACAUAUGUACAGAGAAGGCAAUCAAGUGAUGCAGAAUGUCCAUGUAAAAUAGACGUAUCUGAAGGGUAUACAUAUGUACAGAGAAGGCAAUCAAGUGAUGCAGAAUGUCCAUGUAAAAUAGACGUAUCUGAAGGGUAUACAUAUGUACAGAGAAGGCAAUCAAGUGAUGCAGAAUGUCCAUGUAAAAUAGACGUAUCUGAAGGGUAUACAUAUGUACAGAGAAGGCAAUCAAGUGAUGCAGAAUGUCCAUGUAAAAUAGACGUAUCUGAAGGGUAUACAUAUGUACAGAGAAGGCAAUCAAGUGAUGCAGAAUGUCCAUGUAAAAUAGACGUAUCUGAAGGGUAUACAUAUGUACAGAGAAGGCAAUCAAGUGAUGCAGAAUGUCCAUGUAAAAUAGACGUAUCUGAAGGGUAUACAUAUGUACAGAGAAGGCAAUCAAGUGAUGCAGAAUGUCCAUGUAAAAUAGACGUAUCUGCAGGGUAUACAUGUGUACAGAGAAGGCAAUCAAGUGAUGCAGAAUGUCCAUGUAAAAUAGACGUAUCUGAAGGGUAUACAUAUGUACAGAGAAGAAUUCAAAAUGGACUAUACAGUACGGGUAGUGACAGGUUUAUCAGCUCAGAUUCAAAGAUGCUUUAGUCUUACAAAGGCAAUUACAUUGUCAAACUCCCGUACAUAAGUUGGUUUGCUAGCGAGCCAAGCGUACAUUGGUUGGUUUGCUAGCGAGCCAAGCGUACAUUGGUUGGUUUGCUAGCGAGCCAAGCGUACAUAAGUUGGUUUGCUAGCGAGCCAAUCGUACAUUGGCUGGUUUGCUAGCGAGCCAAGCGUACAUCGGUUGGUAUUCUAGCGACCAAAGCGUCAUUUGUUGGUUUGCUAGCGAGCCAAGCGUACAUUGGUUGGUUUGCUAACGAGCCAAGCGUACAUUGGUUGGUUUGCUAGCAACCCAAGCGUACAUAAUUUGGUUUGCUAGCUAGCCAAGCGUUCAUAAGUUGGUUUGGUAGCGACCCAAGCGUACAUUGGUUGGUUUGGUAGCGACUCAAGCGUGCAUUGGUUGGUUUGCUAGCGAGCCAAGCGUACAUUGGUUGGUUUGCUAGCGAGCCAAGCGUACAUUGGUUGGUUUGCUAGCGACCCAAGCGUACAUUGGUUGGUUACCUAACUUGGCAAGAUUUCAUUGGUCUGUUACCUAAGGAGACAAUUUACUGACAUUAAGUUUGUUUAUGAAUCUUAAUUGCGUUCUAUAUUCCAAUUUAUAUCUGUAUCCUUGAAAUAUUAUAAAAUAUAAAACUUUUAUGACAUUCAACAUUGGUAUUCAUUAUAUAGAGAUUUUUAUUGUGCUUGAUUACUGUUAGCUUAUAACUAUUUUCGCAUUAUUCUAAGUAAUCUUAUUAUUAUAGCAAUAACUGCUAUAGAUGGUUUAGUGUAUUACCUCUGAGAGCACCUUAUGUGUACAUAGCAAUUAGUAAUUCAUUAUCAUACUCUCACUACAGUUGGGAGGGAAAGUUAAUAUGAAAUGUACGAUUUACGACAAAACUGUCCUAUUUCCUUUUCUACUAGUGUUGGACUUUACCAAACUAUUUGUGUGCGAAUUAGUCGUACAAUGAGCAGGCCAACUAAUGUCGCCACAAUCACAUAUUUGUGCUGACAUUGACGGAAAUAUUUCAAUGGUGGUCGGUUCACUUUAGAACUUACAUUCAUUGUGUUUAUGACAAAUACAAGGUUUGAAUCAGUGUCAUUGGCCAUGAGAGAUUAUCAUGUCAGUUCAUACGGCAACAACAUCUACUGCUGUAAGACCGACUCGAUUAACUUCCCAAUGAGUAUACCCAGAUUUAACUUACAUAUAGUAACAGACGUUAAUCAACACUUCUGAAGUGUCACUUUGUAGUCAACGUUAUGACGACCACUCCCGUCCUCCUGUGGUAUUCGUCUUGUCUUGAAAAUGACGUACAUCGCUCAGAUAAUACGUCUGUACCGGCACUCUCACUGACGUGCUAAGUGUAUAUAAUGUGGUCAAGUACUGUUAAACAAUUCAUUUUUGCGAGUGAUUAGUUUUAGCUUUGAUUUGUGUGGAUUCUCGUUGAACGGUAUUGUCUAAAUCGCGACCUCAAAUAUUCGCAAAUAAAACCUACAAGCAUAGUUCAGUGAAGCACAUGCAAGAAUAAAAGUGACUAACAGUACAUAGACCAAAGGUCCUAGUACUUACUUAGUACCAAGACCAAAGGUACUAGUACUUACUUAGUACACAGACCAAAGGUACUAGUACUUACUUCGUACAUAGACCAAAGGUACUAGUACUUACUUAGUACAUAGACUAAAGGUACUAGUACUUACUUAGUACACCGACCAAAGGUACUAGUACUUAGUACAUAGACCAAAGGUCUUAGUACUUACUUAGUACAUAGACCAAAGGUACUAGUAUUUACUUAGUACAUAGACCAAAGGUACUAGAACUUACUUAGUACAUAGACCAAAGGUACUAGUACUUACUUAGUACACAGACCAAAGGUACUAGUACUUAGUACAUAGACCAAAGGUACUUGUACUUACUUAGUACUUAGACUAAAGGUACAAGUACUUCCUUACUACAUAGACCAAAGGUACUAGUACUUACUUAGUAUAUAGACCAAAGGUACUAGUACUUACUUAGUACAUAGACUAAAGGUACUAGUACUUACUUAGUACAUAGACCAAAGGUACUAGUACUUACUUACUACAUAGACCAAAGGUACUAGUACUUACUUAGUACAUAGACCAAAGGUACUAGAACUUACUUAGUACACAGAUCAAAGGUACUAGUACUUACUUAGUGCAUAGACCAAAGGUACUAGUACUUAGUACAGAGACCAAAGGUACUAGUACUUACUUAGUACAUAGACCAAAGGUACUAGUACUUAGUACAUAUACCAAAGGUACUUGUACUUACUUAGUACAUAGACUAAAGGUACUAGUACUUAGUACACAGACCAAAGGUACUAGUACUUACUUAGUACAUAGACCAAAGGUACUAGAACUUACUUAGUACAUAGACCAAAGGUACUAGUACUUACUUAGUAUAUAGACCAAAGGAAGGUACUAGUACUUAGUACAUAGACCAAAUGUACUAGUACUUAGUACAUAGACCAAAGGUACUAGAACUUACUUAGUACACAGAUCAAAGGUACUAGUACUUACUUAGUAUAUAGACCAAAGGUACUAGAACUUACUUAGUACACAGAUCAAAGGUACUAGUACUUACUUCGUAUAUAGACCAAAGGUUCUAGUACUUAGUACAUAGACCAAAGGUACUAGUAUUUACUAUUAAUGGAUUUCCCCUAUGUUUAUAUAUAUUUGUAUAUCAGAUCCAGUCACGGACCUUUAUCUAACCUUAAGUAUGAAUGAUGGAAUAUGUAGUAAAAUGUUGUUAAAUUUUAUAUGUAAUGUGUACCAUGUUGUUUUGCAGUAAUCCGUCCACACUCAAGAUGUAUUACUGUUCGUGGCCACACAACACUCCCAAUUUUCAAAGCUUGUUUAUAGUGAAUUCAAUCUGUCGGUGUGCCUUGCUUUAUUCGCCUUCGUAAUAUCCUAGUUCAUGGUGUAGGUGAGAAAUGGUUCUCAAUAAUACUAAUAAUAUCCUAGUUCAUGGUGUAGGUGAGAAAUGUUUCUCAAUAAUACUAAUAAUAUUCGCUUCCAUUGCGUCUGCGUUUGAGAAAAAACCAUUACGUUACGUGAGUGUUUUGUAGAAAACCUUCACACCAAGCUUUGAUCGUAGACAUACUACUCGGAUUAGGUCUGUUUAUGUUUGUCUAUAUUAUCAUAGGAUGUUCUCUAGUUAGGUCACACAACGUUAGGAGUGAUAGUUGUACAGUAAAUCGCCCCAUACAAUAUACAUAGACCAUAUAAAAGUCCACGUAACAUCAUCACUAGAACACGAAAAACACGACAAACUUCUUUUAUGAUUAUGAUUUUGAUGCAGAAACCCAAACAGAGUAGAUAUAGUCCUGCGCCACACGGACCUUUAGGACUCAUCAGUACUAUUGGGUGAAAAGAAGUUUAAAACACCAUGUUUUAAGUGUUUCGAAACAACCUAUGAAGAAUACAGCUAAGAGUGGAAAAAUGCCUAUAAAACCCCUUAUAAUAAAUUCUAAACCUUGGGUUACAGCAGAUAUUUAACACUUAAAUCAGUAUUUCAUUAAAACACUGACAAAUCACCUCAAAAUACAAAGCUAUUAUAACCUUCGGGAAUGAUUGUCAACCAGCAGCCAAUUAUCACUAGGAAUUGGACGAAAUGAAGAAUGAAUACAUCAAUAUGUGGUUCAUAAAGAAUGAACCCAUCGAUGUGUGGUUCAUAAAGAAUGAACCAAUCAAUGUGUGGCUCAUAAAGAAUGAAUACAUCAAUGUGUGGUUUAUAAAGAAUGAACUCAUCAAUGUGUGGUUCGUAAAGAAUGAAUACAUCGAUGUGUGGUUUAUGAAGAAUGAAUACAUCAAUGUGUGGUUUAUAAAGAAUGAAUACAUCAAUGUGUGGUUUAUAAAGAAUGAACCCAGCAAUGUGUGGUUCAUAAAGAAUGAAUACAUCAAUGUGUGGUUCAUAAAGAAUGAAUACAUCAAUGUGUGGUUUAUAAAGAAUGAACUCAUCAAUGUGUGGUUCGUAAAGAAUGAAUACAUCGAUGUGUGGUUUAUGAAGAAUGAAUACAUCAAUGUGUGGUUUAUAAAGAAUGAAUACAUCAAUGUGUCGUUCAUAAAGAAUGAAUACAUCAAUGUGUGGUUCAUAAAGAAUGAAUACAUCAAUGUGUGGCUCAUAAAGAAUGAAUACAUCAAUGUGUGGUUUAUAAAGAAUGAAUACAUCAAUGUGUGACUCAUAAAGAAUGAAUGCAUCAAUGUGUGGUUUAUAAAGAAUGAAUACAAUGUUUGGUUGAUAUUGUAUAUAGUAAUCUUCUCAGUUUGUGUUUGGUACAUUAAAAAUAUCCUCUGUAAU